ACGCAGCUGCAGAAAAUGGCGUCUGCGGAGCCUACGCUGAGCUCCGGGUCCGCGUAAUCCAUCGGCCCGGUCUCCUCCGUGUGUCUCCGGCUCAAACAUGACCCUACUCCCCGCCUGGAUGCUUUCGUGACCCGGGACUCACAGGCGGCUCUACCUGGAUGUCUGAAGGAGCCAGAGCGGCCUGGGCGGACAGGGCUAGCCGAGAACCAGGGAAACACAAAUUUUGGAAAUGCGAGCGGCCCGUCACACCUCUGCCGCAGAAGCCUGACGUCGCUGGCCCUGGCCCCAAAAGGUGAUUGACGCUCACAAUUGGACUCUAGUUGCAUCCACUGGACACUAGGGGCACUGUCCUCUGAUUGGCUCGGACAGCCCCCUCUGACAUGCCCGUGGCCAAUCAGAGGUGUGUUAUGUCGGGGGCGGAUGUGGAGGUGUACUUGUCCCAGGUGCAUGAUGGGAGUGUGUCUGCCGGGUUCAGGGCGCUGUAUGAAGAGCGCCUCCUACUGGACGUGACGCUCAUGAUCGAGGAGCACCACUUUCAGGCUCACAAGGCACUGCUGGCCACGCAGAGCGACUACUUCCGGGUCAUGUUCACGGCGGACAUGAGGGAGAGGGACCAGGACAAGAUCCACCUGAAGGGGCUGAGCGCGGCGGGGUUUGGACACAUCCUCAGGUUUAUGUACUACGGCUCUCUGGAGCUCAGCAUGCCCACGGUACAGGAGAUACUGCAGGCUGCGAUGUACGUGCAGCUGACAGAGGCGGUGGAGUUUUGCUGCUCGUUCCUGUUGGCUAAGAUCUGUCUGGAGAACUGUGCGGAGGUGAUGCGUUUACUGGAGGACUUCAGUGUGGGAGUAGAGGGAGUUCAGGAGCAGCUUGACUCUUUCCUCCUACAGAACUUUGUCCCUCUCAUGAACAGACCCGAUUUCCUGUCCUACCUCAGCCUCGAGAGACUGCAGGCGUACCUGAGCUCGGACGCUCUGAGCCGCUUCCCUGAGAUCGAGCUGUACGAGGCGGUUCAGUCCUGGCUCCGACACGACCGCAGACGAUGGAGACACACGGAUACUAUAGUCCAGAGUCUGCGGUUCUGCCUCAUGAGCCCAGCCAACAUCUUUGAGAAGGUGAAGACAUCAGAGUUUUACCGGUAUUCCCGACAGCUGCGUCAGGAAGUGGAGGCGGCGCUGUCCUACUUCCAUGAUGUGAACCAGCAGCCUCUGGUGGAGUCCAGGUCAAACCGGAUCAGAUCAGUGCGAGCUCAGACGGCUGUGUUCAGGGGAAUGAUCGGGCACAGUAUGGUCAACAGCAAGAUCCUCCUGCUGCAGAGGCCCAAGGUGUGGUGGGAGCUCGAGGGGCCUCAGGUGCCUUUGCGGCCCGACUGUUUGGCCAUCGUGAAUAACUUUGCGUUCCUUUUGGGAGGAGAGGAGCUGGGGCCAGACGGAGAGUUCCACGCCUCCUCCAAAGUUUACCGUUACGACCCAAGACAGAACUCCUGGCUGCGCAUGGCUGACAUGUCUGUGCCCAGGUCGGAGUUUGCAGUGGGUGUGAUCGGGAAGUAUAUUUAUGCUGUUGCCGGACGGACUCGAGAUGAGACGUUUUAUUCGACAGAACGCUACGACAUCACCGAGGACCGCUGGGAGUUUGUGGAUCCAUAUCCGGUGAAUAAGUAUGGCCACGAAGGAACGGUGCUCAAUGGAAAACUCUACAUCACAGGAGGAAUCACCUCCUCCUCCACCUCCAAACAGGUGUGUGUUUUUGACCCGGGGCGAGAGGCCGGUUCAGGGGCGGGCCCUCCGGACAGGCCACGCCCUUCUCGAGCGGUCCCCCUUUUAUCGACCAAUCAUGGCGGCUGCUGGGAGAACAAGUCCAAAAUGAACUACGCGCGCUGCUUCCAUAAGAUGAUCUCUCAUAAUGGUAAACUGUACGUGUUCGGAGGCGUGUGCGUCAUCCUGCGUGCCUCCUUUGAGUCGCAGGGAUGCCCUUCCACAGAAGUGUACGACCCCCAGAGCGACGAGUGGACCAUCCUGGCCUCCAUGCCCAUCGGGCGCAGUGGGCAUGGCGUGGCAGUGCUCGACCGGCAGAUCAUGGUGCUGGGCGGCCUCUGCUACAAUGGACACUACAGCGACUCCAUUCUCACCUUUGACCCCGAGGACAACAAGUGGAAGGAGGACGAGUAUCCCAGAAUGCCUUGCAAACUGGACGGGCUGCAGGUGUGUAGCCUGCAUUUCCCGGAAUACGUUUUGGAGCAUGUGCGGCGCUGUAGCUGAGGCUUUUUGUACAAACUCGAAAAGGACGGAGGAGAGAGUCAAACCAGCACUUCUGUUAGCUUCUGUUAGCUUCAGUUAGCCGUAAGGAGCUGCAGCCAGGGGGCGCUGUGUGAGGCUGGAGCUGCAGCCAGGGGCCACUGUGGAGUGUGCAAAGGCCGCCCUUUGACAGAAAACGUAAAUUAAAGGUGUUGUGAGGAGGUAAGAGUGUUUUUGGAUGGUUUUAAGUUCGGACUAGAUCAAUUUCUUAAAUUAAAGGUACAUUAUGUAACCUUUCUAGUGGAGAGUCUGCCACUUUCUUGUCUCCAUGGAGAUGUUAUUGUUUUGCCUGGAAUAUUCCAGAGCAUGGCAUUAAACUUCUCUAUCUUGCUUUUCUUACAUUACAUGUGUUUUGAUUCCUCAAAAUUCCAUUGAAAUGCAUUGUUAACAUGCAUUGUUACUGUGAUCAACUCCGCUGAUCUGACCUGUAAGUUGCCAUUCUGUGAUCUAUUCUUGGCAAAGCAAAAACAUCUCCAUGGAGACAAGCAGACUCUCCACCAUAAAAGUUAUAGUGUAUCUUUAAAGCCCAGUUUGGAUCAGAUUAAACGCACUGGAAGCAUUCAGUAUUCUAACAGUUCACCAUUAAAAAGACAUAAGAAUUGGGACAAGUGAGUUUCACUGUCCUCUUUACUGUUCUCUGAGCUGCUUUUUUAUUCUGCUGUAAACUUAAAGGCGCUGUAUCUGAUUUUUACUGUCGUAAAAACAUGAAAAACUUAACUAGUUAAUUUUUGCAGUGGUCCAACAUUAUCCCUCACUGACCUUAUGCAUUCUGAAUAUCCUUAUUAUUCACCGCAAUGAGUUUAUAUGCACUUUUCCCAACUCAGAGACCAGAGCAGAGUUUGGCUGUGGUUCAGUCCCUGGUUGAGUCCUGGUUUGAACCUGGUUACGUCCUUGUGUGGUCCUGGUUUAGUUCUGUUUAACAGUCUGUUUUGUUCUAGAGAAAGCCAGACUCUGGAUAACUAGCAUCCUAACCGUGCACUUCUUGGUUGUCUGACAAUAAAACACUUUAUAAUUAGAUGUAGACAGCUCUCAGACUUACAUCGUACAAGCAACUCUUGAGGUCAAAAUAUCUGUACUGGGUCAAGACACAUUUUGCUGAAAUACUUGAGGAAAAAAUGGUACAGACUCUUUAAUAGGAAGUUGAGUUGUUUCAGUUGAUGUAUUAUUCAAGAUAUUUAUUUCAUGUUCUCAUGUGAUGGCUUCCAAAUUGUUUGUCUAUUGCCAAGAAAACAGUAAAUAUUUAGUUACUUUUUGACUACUCCAUAAAUGGUCUGUGAUCCCUCAGUCGUCCAGGUAGGGCUCAUAGACACAGACCUGAGAUGUUUUACAGAUAUUUUAUUUGGCCAUUAGGGCUGCAAGAUUAAUCAUGAUCAAAUCAAAAUUGCAAUUUGUGGAGGAAAUCAUGAUAGAUUGCAGACUAAUUGCAUCCAUUCAAACAGCAAAAUCUCCUGUUAUUCUCCAUACAAACUGCAGUUUAGAUCUGCACAAACGUUCUGAAAUGUCCCUGUGUGUCAGAUGCCCUCCCUGUGCCUCCAUGUGGUCUUAUUCUGCAUAAAAAGUCUAACCCUGUAGUUUAGAUCUGCACAAACAUGUUCUAAAAUGUGAUUCUUGUAUUAGUUUGAGUUCAUAUUUCAAUCUUUUUGUCAAUUGUUAAACUGCAUAUGACAUGGUAGAGUACUUGUUUUCUAAAACAUAGUUAGCAUCAUUAUAUUUAAGAUUAAAACUUUAAAGUUUUGUCCAGUUUUAUAAAUCUGGUGAAGUUUAUAAUUUUACUUCCUGCAGUAGAUGUGACAUGUGUAGAGGCCAUUCAAUAACUGUUACCUAGCAACCAUAAUGUAAACAAAACGUGUCUAAAUUACACAAUAGUUAUGAUUAAACUAUUAAAAGUAAAUGACGGCACCACAGGUACUAUCACACCAAACCAAGACAAAAUCAGAAAAACAUGAAAACCUGUCAGGAUGCACUUUAAAAUGUGAAUUAAAACAUAAAUCACAAAUCUAAUGGUAAGCGCAAUGUUUGUCAGAAAAAUCACGGUUCAGCCUUAAUCUGCUCUACUCCAUAAAGUCACUGUCCCUUUGCUUCCAGUGCGUUCCACCUCUGUUCAUCUGGCUUCCAUCACAGAUUUAUCCAUCACUCAAACUCCAGGUGCAUUUUGACUGCUUCUGCCUUUGCCUUUGUUUUCCUAAAGGUCCUGUUUUAUGCUACAUUGAGUUAUUUGAGCUUCUAAUUAUGCGCCAUCACAUUAAAUCAGCUCAAGUUUAAGAUUUUUGCUCUGUAUCCCCCUUGGACGAUACAAAUUCGAUCAUCAGCACAUUGUAGAAUCCCUGUAGUUUAACCUGCGCUAGACACACAGCAAAUUCCACCUGAGAAUUCUGACCUCUGAACUCUCAGAUGCAGAUGUGCUGAGCUGUUGAUGGUUAAUGUCUCUAAUCACUGGGCCUAUCCACAUGAAAUACAAACUGGCACAGAGUUCAACAUCUGCUCUGUCAGUGUAAAUAAACAAAAGUCAAAAGAUUUUUUUGCAAUAGCUUCAGAAAGUGGAGCCGUUAUUCAACCCCAAAGACAUGAUUGUCGUCAGGUGAAAGGACUUUAACCCGUAAGAUUAAUAUGACAAAUUUGCGGAGCCAAUCCUUAACAAAUAAUCAUCAUAGUGUCGUCUGAAAUGCCUUGAUUUCAAAAACUUUAGCGAUCACUCUUAUGGGCCACUCCUGGAUGAAAGAGGAAUAGCACCAACUCAGUCAUAAUUCCACAUGAAGGAUAGUUAGGACAGUUGCUAUAGUGAUUGACAAUUCAAAAGAAAGUAUAUCUUUUGAAUGGUCAACCGUCCUCAAAAUGGCAACAUAUAAGAGGAAACUGCAACCCAGGAAUUUAAGAUUUACUGUUUUGUUUUAGUUUUUUUUAAGAAAUCUCAAACAUACGACCCACAAAUGUUGAACUUAAAUUAUCAAUAUAUUUUAAAGACACUUACCUGAUUUUUAUUGUCUUACAAACACGAAAAACAGAACUAGUUCAUUUUAAACAGUUUAAAGUGGAUUACAUUCUGACCACCCUAAUUAUUUUCACAACUUUCAGAGACCACUGUGUUUUGCCUUCACAACAUGCUAACAUGCACUUCCUGAUUCCUUGACACUAAAAUGCAGACUUAUUUUGAUCUCAAGAGCUGCUUAUACAAUAUAUUUGUACUGGGGAGAGACACAUUUUGCUCAAAUACAUGGAAAAAAAACAGGUUCAGGACCUUUUAAGGAUUGGCUCCACAAACUUGCCAUAUUAAUGUUAGUUUAUGCCACAUUUAGUUUGGUCAGAAAUCAGAGCUGCUUUACUUUGACUGGAUUUCUCAAAGAUACACAUUAUGUAAAGUGUAAAACAUGAAAUGAAAAACUUAAGACGAACAUACCAGGACCUUUAUAUUGCGGACACUGACACUUUGAACCCAAACACUACACAACAUACACUUUUCAGAUGAGGUUUUCAGCUUUGUCAAUUAAUAUUUAUUUGUCUAUGUUGUUGCCGCAAUGACCGACUGUGAAAAGGGCUAGAGUGAAUCGAAGGCCUGUUUUAUUUAUAGAGCUAUGCAGUAAGUGUAGAGUUAUUUAUUUACUGAACAAACUGCACUUGUGUCAUUUUUUUAUGUUUUUAUUUAAAGGUCCUAUAUUACGCAAAGUUGACUCUUGUGAGCUUUAAUCUAUGUUAUAAUGCUGUUACCUCCUGGAAAACAUCCCUGGAGUUGUGUUUUGUUUCAUUCACACAUGUCGGAGUAACACUAUUAUUACUCUGUCUACAUCUCCAAAGCUCAAAAUGCUCUGUUCCACCUUGUGAUGUCAUACAGUGUUUUAAGGUUAACAGCUAUUUUUGCUUCAGUUGAGCUGCUUUACUCUUCAAUACUCUAGAAUAACCUUAAAUGACAGGUUGGACUAGUCAUUUUUAUAGAACAUGGUUAACAUCAUUAUAACUUUAUAAUUUCACAUACAUUUUCACCUAGUCUUAUAUUUUUGUAAUUUUGGUGAAGUUUAUAAUGUAAAUGAUAUAACAUACAUAGCUGUUACCUAGCAACCAUGAUGUAAACAAGGGCCAAAACUUGUCUAAAUUGCACAAUAGUUAUGACACAAUAGUAGACUAAUGCAAAUAAAUGAAAGUUUAGUGUCAGAAAAAUGGCUUCUUUGUGCAGAGUUUUCAUAUUCAUGAUUCUGUUUCACAACUCAUCAGUACUUCCUCUAUUUUUGUACUUUUCUUCUCAACUUUUUCCUCACAAACUGUCACUUUUCAGAAUUUAAAAUGAUUCUAGUGAAGGUGUAUGGAGUUUAAAAACACAGUGGAGCACUUCCAGUAUUACCACUUGACGACAUCACGGUUUUCAGUUUGAGAGAAGAACUCAGCCUGGAAAAAAAAAAAAAGCCUUAAUAUGCAGGGUUUGUGUGUUAAACAUAUGUGAAUGAAACAAAACACAACUCCAGGUCUGUCUGUGAUGAGUCAACUACAUUAUAGCAUAGAUCAGAAAUAGUGCGCUAUGCAGGCCCUUUAAACACUUUGCAGACAUGUGUUCCAUGCAUCGACUGUAUAAAUAUAUAUACAGUCUAAGGUCCCAUGUGUUCAGAUCCAUUUGUCUGUGCUCAAAUGCUGUAUUCUUUAUUUCACUGUAAGAUUUUGCUCUUUUGUCCAAUUGCUUAAAAGAGUUGAUGGUUUGAGUGUCGUUUUAUAUUGAAUUUAAACUGGAAAAAAUGCUUGAAAGUAAAAGUUGGCUUUGUAAACAUGGACAUUUUAAGUAUAAAAAUAUGAAGUGAUAAAUGAAAGCUCAAAUGGCCAAUAUUAUGGUUUGGGUAAUUAUAUUUAUUCCAACUUUAGUGCCACGUUAUUGAUACUUUGCAGUGACAUCAUAUUGUUCUACAUGUAUGUCUGUGGUGGAAUGUUCAGCAGUUAUCAUGGUGACACAUUGCCCACAUUAGCAAACACUGACAAAAAAGUUUUAAGGCAUUUAGAAAAAAAUGCAAAAUGGAUUUAAAAGGCACAUUUUCAGGAGUCUGAUUAAUAAGAGUGUUCAUUGUUCUGUUUAGUUUGAUUUUCAACAAAAAUGUGAGAGUGACUAACUGAAAAACUGUUGGCUAGUGCUAGCUAGCUUGUGACUGUAAUGUUAUUUGAGAGAGACUUGUUUAACAGCACAAAUCAGCUCACCUGUUGAAGUUUCAACUUAACCAGCUCUUUCUUCUCACAUUGUGUUAAAAUAAAGCUCAGAUUUAAGUCUAGCAGAGCUUCAGACAGAGCAGUGCCUACAGUUGUCACCAACAUCUCCUGGGGGUGUUAUGCUAUCAACUGCAAAGUAUCAAUUUUAUUUUUUUUAUGUAUUUGUUACUUACAAUUAGAUAUUUAGGUAAUUUAUUUUUUUAUGUAUUUUGUGCAUCUUUAAAGUUCAACCUUUUCGAUUUCCUUAGUGCCACAAAUGUUUUUAAAAAGGUUCCAUGCUGUGCUUUCUACUUUCACCUUCAGGUUUAUAAAUAUUUGGACUGUUGCACAACUCUUUAAAAAGGUUAAUAAAGUUUCCAAAUUUUGAAGUCAAAUCUAGUUUGAAAGUAGAAGCAACAAAUGCAGUUGUGUCAUUGGGCAAUACACCUCUCUCCUGCUGUGUACGGGUCUGUGAGUGUCACAGGCGGAGGUCAGUCUGUCCCAGGGCAGCUUUGACUAAAGCCUCUGCCACAAGGUGUGAAUGAGGAAUGAACGACAUGUAAUAUAAGACUUUUAUUUUUGGAUUGUUUAUUUCAGGGGUAUUUAAGCUGGAUGCCCUUCCAGCCACUAAAUGUGACUAAUGUGGACGAAAUGGGUGAAGUGUCUUGCCCAGAGACACAACAAUGGUGCGGCAAAGGUUGAACUAAAAAAAUUGAUCUUCUGAGAAUUGUAUAAAGAACCGCAUAAUGGGACCUUUUCUUCUUGAAUGUAUUUUUAUUUUAUUUGCAUUAAAUCAGUACAAUGUAUCUACCGAUGCUUCAGAUGCAGACGGCUUUCCCCAUAGCGACAUUUCUCCAGUUACCUCCAUGUUGCCAUUAGACCUGCUUCCCCAAAAUUAUUCAGUAGAAACUAAAAUUUUAGAGGAUUUUAAACUUAAACCCUGCUACCGCUAUGACUGUAUCCCAAACGAGCGCCAUCCAGACCAGAGGAAGUCUGAGGAUCUGGAGACGAUUUGUAACUUUUCCUCAAAUAAAUGUUCAUAUUGGUCG